AUCAGGUAAACACCUCUGCACCCAUAUAUAAGAUUUUUUGCUGCUAAGCAGUCUGACACAAUUUCUGCUGAGGAGAAACUAUCUGCCUGUCACUAUGAACAAGCUACUGGCUAUCACAGUGCUCAUUGCUGUCCUUGCUCUGGAAGCGGAGAGCUUCCGUAUGCCCAGACAGGCUGAGGAGGAAAAGGGAACCAUUGCCACUGUGAUGGACACCCUGAAGUCCUAUUAUGACAAGAGUAUUGACACUGCCAGUGGUUAUGUAGAGACCAUCAAGGACUAUAAACUGGAAGAGAAAGCAAAGAAUCUGUAUGAUGAAACAAUCAGUGCUGUUAGCACCUAUGCAGGCAUCUUCAAUGACCAGCUCUACCACAUUUUCUACUCCCAAGAUAGCUCCUAAGGCCCAACUCACAUAGUAGCAUACCUCACUAGAACUCUCUCCAUCUCUUUCUGGUCCUGAGUCUGUCACCACGCUGGAACCACAAUUUCAUGAACCCUGCAAGAAGACAGCGCAGUCUGAAUGAAAACCUGACUGUUGAAUCUAUCUCUCAAUGGUCUGAGACCUCUGCCCUGUCAACUUUACAGCAAUAUACUGCCAAAGCACAAACUGCACCCUGCCAAACAAAGUGGACGUGUAUGAUAUGAAGUUCUGGGGAGAAAAUCCAAAGUAAAAUCAGGUAUAAACCAGUUGAACCUCAAACUGUUUUUGGCUGAAGACUGGAGACCCUACGCUGCUAACUGUUAUCUAUCUGGCGUCCCCUAUUGUGCAUCAAGGUUAAACUAGAAUUUGACUGAAAUAUUGACUGUUUCACUGUAGUUGAUUUCUAAAGAUGAAAGAUGAAGAUAUUCUUAGAUUGUCAACUUUUAGUGGUUCUGUGUCCACGAUCAUUAACACCUUGCAAUAAAAAUCCACAUUUGUAUAAAA